CUACCAUUCAGGCCCUUAGGUGCGUAGCAACACAUACCAAUACAUACAAACAAUAGUUGGCAAUUAGUACUACAUUUGUCUACCUAGAUAUGCAUUUGUCCAGUUUCCACUGGUAGCGCUCAGUAGUUUCAUGUGAUAUCGAUGGCAGUGGCCGGUUGGAAGCUUCGAACCCGGUGGGAUAGUACAUCAAACGUUUCGCAACUCAGAAAAGCUUCCACAGAACGAGACACAUAUGUCGGUACAGUCAAAGCAGGCUAAUAACCUACCGCAGGAGUUGACACCGCUCGGCUCUGCUUUGGCGGGUGCGCUCGGUGGGUGCUUCAGCAAUGCCGUUGUAUACCCUCUAGACGUUGCGAAAACCCGCAUUCAAGCUACCUCUUCGACAGCCAAGGGCAAGCGCAAAGAUGAUAUGACGAUGCUAUCUGUACUCCGUGACAUACUCCGUGAGGAGGGUAUUAUGGGAUGGUACAGCGGAUUCGCAGCAACGAUGUUGAAUACGUUUUCCUCACAAUAUGCCUAUUUCUUCUUCUACUCUUUGAUACGCACUGCUUACACGAAACGUCUUACGUCCAAGCUUCCCAAAGGCUCAAAGCCGCCCUCUCUUUCGACGGCCGCUGAACUCACCCUCGGCGCUAUCGCCGGCGCUCUCUCUCAGAUUUUCACAAUUCCCGUCUCUGUAAUCGCUACUCGCCAACAGAUUGGGAAGUCGUUGAGGCAGGGUGCCGGGUCCCACUCUCUCCUGCACAGUGGAGAUAACGAAAGUCAGCCAUACGAUCUGAACGCACCGACGCUGUGCGUCGCAGAAACCGAGGAAUUGCAAGAUGAUAAAGAUUCCAACUCGUUCUUGAAUGUCGCACGUGAGAUUAUCCGCGAGGACGGGAUCACAGGGCUUUGGCGUGGUCUCAAGCCAAGCAUGGUACUCACCGUCAACCCGGCGAUCACAUAUGGCGUGUACGAGCGGCUGAAGACCAUACUCCUACUCGCUAAGGGAACAGCUGUGGCAGGUGAAAAGAUGACGCCGUGGAUGAGUUUCAUAUUGGGGGCGUUCAGCAAAACGUUGGCAACUAUUGUCACCUAUCCCUACAUCAUGGCUAAAGUUCGUAUUCAAGCCCGUACAUCUGGUUCCGACAGGGACGAGUUUGCGGAUCGUGAUGAUCGGAUAGAUGACGUGGAGAAACACCUCGGGGGCUCGUCACAGAAGCAUCCCCGCGGACGCGCUAAACAAUCAGGGGCGUUGACUCUGCUGAUGCAAGUCCUGAAGAAGGAAGGGGUAGUGGGUUGGUACCAGGGAAUGUCAGCUCAAAUAAUCAAAGCUGUACUUUCCCAAGCUCUCUUAUUCGUAUCCAAGGAACAGUUCGAGCAUUGGGCACUUGGCGUCUUAGUCUUGUCAUCCAAGUUGCGGUCCCGUUCCUAGUGCUUGUACGAUUUAGACUCUUCACUUGUACUUUUGAGUCGUAGCCGAGUCAGAUGAGUCUAUCAUAAAUCCUCGGAGGCGACGUGCUGCCUCGCAUGUCCCUUACAGUUAAAGUGACAAGCUCCGACAGGCUUCAGCUCAAAGUUGCACAUAGUGACAGUACUUGAAAGGAGGCUGGAUAUGGCGCUUACUUUGUUCCUCCGAAUCUACGCACCGAGGGAUUCGGCUUUCUGUCACUGAUCCGUUUUCACUCCGGGUGUAUCCUAUGAAGCGGACAUGACACACUCAUCGGAGCCCGUGUCACAGAUCAAGGCACGGUGAAAAGUAGUUUACU